CAGGACAUUUACUGAACUGUCAUUUUUGUGUGAUAGUUGUGUUAUUAAAACUCAAAAAUGCCCAACGUAGCGUUUUUAAAGUCUGAACCAGCUGAUAACGAAUUCUUUGAAGAAUAUAAUAAGUUCAACACACCAUGCAACAGCUGGUUUAUUCUAGUUUUCAUAUUGAGAUGUUUUGCCGCUUUCUGCUUGGGCUAUCAAGUAGGUGUCUUCGAAUCUCGCGGUGGUGUCAAAGCAUAUAUAAGAGAAUAUAAUUAUUCUAGUUAUGCAGAAACGGAAAUGGCCAACGAGACUAAUCCGGAGGUGUUGCAAAUGUCGACAGAAAAAUCUCUUAUUGUACGUAUGCUAAAAUUCAAACACUUGGGCUUUGCGCUAGGAGCAGCUUUUGGAGGAGUUUUUGCAGAUAUAUUUGGACGACGAAUUACAAGUUUCUUAACAUCUGUUGUCUGGAUCAUUGGUGCAGGUGUCUUCCCAACAUUAAAUAAUAUUACCCUUAUAGAAAUCUGGUACGUUCUCCUGACCACGUGUGCCAGUGUUGUCAAUGUAACCACCUUUGUGAAUAUUGCAGAAAUUAUUAACUAUCGCUACAGAAUAUUGAUUAUAUAUUCAAUAAAUACCUACGUAGCGGGAGAUUUCCUUAUAAAAUAUAUUACCACUACUUUAGAAAGUUGGAAAUAUGCCCUUACCUUUGUAACGUCUACUUUAACGUGCACGGUUUUUGCAACCUGGUAUUCUCCAGAAUCACCACGAUGGUUACUGAAUAAAAAUCGACGACAAGAAGCGUACGAUCAGUUGAGUGACAUAUCACAAAGGAUAUAUGACAUUCAAGUAGUCGAAGCUCCCAACAAUGUUACAAAAAUGAAAAUACUGGUGGAUAUGAUGAAAUAUUUAUUUAAAAGGAGGUUGAAACAACACUUAGUAUGUAAUGUGCUACUCAGUGUUUCCAGCCUAAAUUAUAGUUUCUCAAAACAAAAUUUGAUUAUGCAUACGGUAAAAACAGCGUCAUAUGAAGACAUCGCAAACAUUGCCGAAGCUUUGGGAUUUUUAACUUUUCUCCCAGUGUACGCUUUAAUAGGAAAAAAAUAUGGACUUUGCUUCUGCUUUUUGUUUUUAACUAUAACACAUUUUACUGGAAUUUUUGUUAAUGAUAAAGCGCAUGAAGUCUUUUACGACUUUUUUGGUACAAUGUUGGGAAUUCUAUCCCUCUGUAUAUGUUGGCUAUAUUGUCUGGAGUAUUUUCCGACAUUUCUACGAGCUACAGCAACUGGUGGUGGAUUUUAUGUAUUCAACCUGUCAUCAGGUCUUAGUUUCUUAUUCAUACCUCUCUUGGAAGAAACUAGAGGUUUCAUCUAUUACCUCACUUUCUUCAUAAUAUCCUUAUUUGGUGCCGUGGUUUUCCUUUUGCCUGUCAAGCCUAAUCAGGAGUUAUCAAAUACUAAAUUGCAUUUGUAACAAAUUUGUUAA